AUAAUGGCGCUUGCAGGUGUUUGCUGCUGUUGUGCUGCUCUGCGUCCUCGCUACAAACGCCUGGUGGAUAACAUCUUCCCUGAAGACUCAAAAGAUGGGCUCGUUAAAGCUGACAUGGAGAAGCUGACUUUCUAUGCGGUUUCUGCACCUGAAAAGCUUGAUCGAAUUGGUGCUUAUUUAGCAGAGCGACUGAGCAGAGAUGUUGCCAGACACCAUUAUGGAUACGUUCUAAUUGCCAUGGAAGCACUAGACCAGCUUUUGAUGGCUUGCCGUUCUCAGAGCAUUAAACCGUUUGUGGAGAGUUUCCUUCAUAUGGUGGCGAAGCUGCUGGAGUCUGGGGAGCCGAAGCUGCAAGUCCUGGGAACCAACUCUUUCGUUAAAUUUGCGAACAUUGAAGAAGACACGCCUUCCUACCACAGGCGCUACGACUUCUUUGUCUCCCAGUUCAGUGCCAUGUGUCAUUCUUACCAUGAAGAUCCCAAAGUGCAAACUGAGAUUCGGAUUGCUGGAAUUCGGGGAAUCCAGGGGGUGGUCCGCAAGACAGUUAAUGAUGAGCUGCAAGCAACCAUAUGGGAACCUCAGCAUAUGGACAAGAUUGUUCCCUCCCUGCUGUUUAAUAUGCACAAGAUUGACGAUGUGGACAGUCGAAGCUGUACCCCUUCGUCGCCAUCAGGAGGAGAAAAAGAGGAGAAUCCAUCUGUGCUGGCUGAAAACUGUUUCAGAGAACUGCUGGGUCGAGCUACCUAUGGCAACAUGAACCAUGCUGUCCGACCAGUUUUUGCACAUUUAGACCAUCACAGACUCUGGGAUCCCAAUGAAUUUGCUGUCUCCAUUUUCAAAAUCAUCAUGUAUUCUAUACAGGCACAAUAUUCCCAUCACGUGAUACAGGAAAUCUUGGCACAUCUUGAUGCUCGGAGAAGGGAUUUCCCCCGCGUCCGAGCAGGCAUCAUCCAGGCCCUUUUGCAGGCAGUCGCCAUCGCCACCAAAGGCUCCAUAGGUCCAACAGUCUUAGAGGUGUUUAACACAUUACUCAAGCAUCUGCGUUUCAGCGUUGACUUCGAAUUAAGUGACAGGCACAGCUCAGUAAGCAGUGCAAGCUUCAGCAUAUGCACCAAAGAAAACGAUGAGAGAAUUGUCCAGAAUUCUAUUAUUCAAACCAUUGGCUUUUUUGGAAGCAACCUGCCAGACUACCAUCGAUCUGAAAUUAUGAUGUUCAUUAUGGGGAAAGUACCAGUUUUGGGGGCAACAUCACAUAUGCUGGACACCAACCAAUUUGGGGAUUCAGGAACCAGGCAAAUUCAGAUUAUGUUGCUGAGAUCAUUACUGAUGGUGACCACAGGAUACAGCGCCAGGACGAUUGCUGCUGCUUUGCCUGCCCCGUUUCUGGAUCCUUUGCUGUCUCCUUCACUCAUGGAUGACUGCGAGCUGAGACAGCUGGUCCUGGAAAUACUGCAUAACCUUAUUGACCGCCAUGACAACAGAGCAAAGCUCAGAGGGAUACGAAUAAUACCUGAUGUUUCAGAUCUAAAGAUAAAACGAGACAAAAUUUCAAGGCAAGAUGUGAACUUCAUCAAAAAGCAUGGGCAACAGCUGUACAGACAUGUCUAUUUAGGCUGUAAAGAGGAAGACAACAUCCAGAAGAACUUUGAGCUGCUGUAUACGACCUUGGCUCUCAUCACUAUUGAAUUAGCCAAUGAAGAAGUCGUCAUUGACCUCAUCAGAGUGGCUAUUGCACUGCAGGACGUUGCAAUCCUUAACGAAGACAACUUGCCCAUGUUCCAUCGCUGCAGCGUGAUGGCAGUGGUGGCUGCAUACCUCAACUUUCUAAGCCAGAUGAUUGCAGUUCCUGCCUUUUGCCAGCAUGUUACGAAGGUCAUUGAAACCAGAAAUGUAGAGGCGCCCUACUUUUUACCGGAGACGAUUUUCAGAGAGAAGUGCAACCUACCCAAGUCCCUGGAGAAGGAUGAAACAAGCUUGUUUUUUCUGACCAACCAGAUGGCAGAAUCACUGGGCAGCAGUGGCUACUCUGUGGAGAGGUUGUCCGUGCCGUAUGUGCCGCUUGUGACAGCUCUAUUUCCAUCUGGCAAAAAGCCUCAUAAAUGCAGGCGCAAGUCCAAAGAUGAAGACAGGCUAUCCAGGAGGAAGAGUCUCAUGGACACCUUGUCGAUUCAGGCAGACAUUCUGCCGGGUUGCAGCCUGGAGGAAAAGGUGAAUAGCACUGAGGAGAUCACCUUUGAAACCUUGAAGCAGGCUAUAGAUAACAAUGGGCUUGAUGAACAAGAGAAGGAAAAGAAGAGGCGACUGGUGAUUGAAAAAUUCCAGAAGGCUCCUUUUGAAGAAAUUGCUGCACAGUGUGAAACUAAAGCAAACUUGCUACAUGACCGACUGGCACAGAUAUUGGAGCGGACGGUUCGGCCUCCGCCUAGUCCUUCUGGAACGCUGACCAUCACCACAGGACAUGCUCGUUACCAGUCCAUCCCAGUCUACGAGAUGAAGUUUCCAGACCUUUGUGUGUAUUGAGUGUCUUCUGAAUUCAUCAACAUGUUUUCAGAUACUUACUUCUGAAAUUCAACAGAGAUUUAAUUUUUUAAAUUUUAAAUUAGAUAUUUCCACCCAGUUCAGUUUAAAAAUCACACACAACAAAAAUCCCUAUUUUGAAGGAAACAAUUUCCCUUUUUCCUUCUUUGCUUUUGUUUGCCUAUUUUAGUGUUUUAUUACUUCUGGACUUUCAGUCGUAAGCAUCUUUUUCUUUUCUUUAUCUUGA